GACCAUCAAAGACGUCAAAAAUUGGACAGAUGCUUUAGGUUAUGUGCGAAUAGACAUUAAAUCGGUGAAGAGGAUAAUUGAAGUCGAAAUGUCGGUAACUCACAAAAUUCUAUCAAUCAGUUCCUUGCUAAAUGUUCGGAUAAGCAACAUUUCGCUUCGAACCAUAACAUCAAGCAGCGUUUUAGAGGGGAAGAAGGACGACAUGAAGCGAUUGAUAUCUCAGCUACCAAAAAGAGACGAAGGAACGGCUGGCGAAAAAAGUACACUGGUUGAUUCGCUAUUCGAACAGAAGGUGAAAGUAUUCCCUGAUGUAAACACGAACACAGCAAUAUUCCACGGACAAAUGUUCAAUGAAAUUCCCAUCAUGCACGUAAAAGUCUCGAAAAAUAACACAAUCCUGACUUUUUCAGAUGCUAAAGGCGUCACACAGUUGUCAAGAUCCUGUGGCAUCGAUGGAUUUAAAAAUUGUCGGAAAGGUACAAACAUAGCAGCACAAACAACUGCUUCUAUAAUUAGUCAAAAAGUAGUCGAAAGAGGAAUCAAAACAAUCCGUGUUACUGUGCGUGGUCUUGGCGCAGGACGACUGUCGGCAUUAAAGGGAAUUCAAUUGAGCGGACUGAAUGUUGUGUCGGUAACGGAUACAACUCCCGUAUCGUGGACUCCACCAAGACCAAGGAAGGCAAGGAGAGUGUAAAUAAUAACAGUAAAAAAGAAAAGAAUUCUUCAAAACUCCAAGAACUUUUGUGAAGUUUAAAUUAGUGUUCUUAUAGCAGACACAAUUAAAAUGUAACAACCUUAAAG